UGCAGGACACUGGGCUCCAGCGGCCGGAGUGGGGGACGAGGUGAAGCGGAUCCGGUCUGCGGCCGGCCGGGAGCAGGCCGGAGGCUGAGCGGCGGCCACGGCGGCGGCCGGGAGGGGGGAGGAGAGGCGCAGCCCGAGGAGCCGCCGCAGGAGCUCCCCCGCCUCCCGGGCUGAGGGAAUUUUAGGAAAGGAAGAUGGAUCAACCUAGUGGGAGGAGUUUUAUGCAAGUAUUAUGUGAAAAAUAUAGUCCUGAAAACUUUCCUUACCGCCGUGGGCCUGGGAUGGGAGUCCAUGUCCCAGCCACACCUCAGGGCUCUCCUAUGAAAGAUCGCCUCAACCUCCCAAGUGUACUGGUGUUGAACAGCUGUGGAAUAACCUGUGCAGGAGAUGAAAAAGAAAUUGCUGCCUUCUGUGCUCAUGUGUCAGAACUAGAUCUUUCUGACAACAAACUCGAAGACUGGCACGAGGUCAGUAAAAUUGUGUCAAAUGUUCCCCAGUUGGAGUUUCUAAACCUGAGUUCCAACCCUCUGAAUUUAUCGGUUUUAGAAAGAACGUGUGCUGGGUCCUUCUCCAGGGUUCGAAAACUUGUUCUCAACAACAGCAAAGCUUCUUGGGAGACAGUGCACACGAUACUGCAGGAGUUACCAGAUUUGGAGGAGCUCUUCCUGUGCCUUAAUGACUAUGAAGCAGUGUCUUGCCCUUCCAUUUGCUGUCCUUCUCUUAAGCUACUACACAUAACAGACAAUAACCUCCAAGACUGGACUGAAAUACGCAAGUUAGGGGUUAUGUUUCCUUCGCUGGAUACCCUCGUCCUGGCCAACAACCAUUUGAAUGCUAUCGAGGAGCCUGAUGAUUCAUUGGCUAGGUUGUUUCCUAAUCUGCGAUCCAUCAGCCUCCACAAGGCAGGUUUGCAGUCCUGGGAAGACAUUGACAAACUAAACUCAUUCCCUAAACUUGAAGAAGUGAGGUUGUUAGGAAUUCCUCUUCUUCAGCCAUAUACCACCGAGGAGAGAAGGAAAUUGGUAAUAGCCAGAUUGCCAUCGGUUUCCAAACUUAAUGGCAGUGUUGUCACUGACGGUGAGCGAGAAGAUUCUGAGAGAUUUUUUAUUCGUUACUAUAUUGAUGUUCCACAGGAAGAAGUGCCAUUCAGGUAUCAUGAACUAGUCACAAAAUAUGGGAAGUUGGAGCCUUUGGCGGAAGUGGACCUGAGACCCCAGAGCAGUGCGAAAGUAGAAGUCCACUUUAACGACCAGGUGGAAGAAAUGAGCAUUCGUCUGGACCAAACAGUUGCAGAACUAAAGAAACAAUUAAAAACUCUAGUGCAAUUACCCACUAGCAACAUGCUUCUCUACUAUUUUGACCAUGAAGCGCCCUUUGGCCCAGAGGAAAUGAAGUACAGCUCUCGAGCCUUGCAUUCUUUUGGCAUUAGGGAUGGAGACAAAAUUUUUGUGGAAUCCAAAACAAAAUAACCUCCGCCAGCCUUGUGAGAACACACACAUUAGGACUCGCAGGGCAUUUGUUCCCAUGAGGUUUCCUUCAGGAGGGAGAAGUUUGCUCUGUUUUGUUUUGUUUUCUUUUCUUUUGUUUAGGUUUCAGGGGGGUUUUGUAUAUCUCCCCCUAGAAUGGGUAGGGGGCUGUUUUUGGUAUUUUCUACCACAGAUUCCUUCUACUCCGCCACCAGAAUUGGCCACAUCUCCAGUUUCUGUGCCCUCCCUCAUGAGAGGGGACCAGGCAGCCGCCGACUUCUUACUGUGUUCACUGGGAUCUGUCUACCGCUUGGUCCUCGUGACCACUUAGGUGUACUUGUGACGAUGGCGUGAACAGCCUUGUCCCCUCAGAAGAGCAUCUUGCACUUAAAUCAGGAAACAAGGAAUCCUUCCAGGAAGGGCCAGCACAUCUCUCUCCCAAUUCCUCCUUUUUCCCCCUCCCUCUCUCUCCUUUCCUUCUCGGGUUCAGUUUUUCAUUUUGACUUGUGUCCAUACAUGUUUACCUUAGUUUUAUUCUGUCCAUAAUGAACUCCUUAUUUUUCAACUUGGGUAACUUUUUUCUUCAUUUCUCCCUUUUGAAAUAAUUUCAAGUGUGUCAAGCAUUUGUCAACCUGAUUCUGAUCUCAGGUACUCAGUUAGAACCUAUAGCUCUGUUAGGGUCUGGAAGAAGAGCAGAUGGAAUGUUAGAAUUCCAGGAAGCACAGGCACAGCAGCCUGACCACUCUGUAUGUAACUAUCUCAAUUUUAAUGUUCCUCCCACAGUAUAUCAGCCAUUACUGACAUGAGCUACGUCACAUUCCAGAGUUCUUCGCUUUUUGAAUGUAUUUCUUCGUAUCUAUCUAUCUUUUUCAUUACUUUAAACUACUGGGAAUGGAGGCCUGACUUUAUGAAGAAUCCAACAGAGCAAUGGAUAUAUGUGCCAGGAGAGCUGAGAAUUAGCUAAUAAACUCUCUGUAGUGUGCAUGAGGGAGUCAAGUGGGGGGGAGUACGGGAGAGCGAGUACUGUGACUUUCCUGCCUGUCAUCAUUUGAAGCUUUUGCUCUUGCACUUUGCAUUCGAAGUGGGAAUUUUUAAUCAAAGGGAGCUUUGAUUCCUAGUUUUUCCCUGGGAUUUUGUGAUGUCAUAAUUGGACAAUUCUUUUUGUUUUACAUUUCAGUUUAGUUGCCCCUACAGAAGAACAACUCUGACUAAUCUCUGAGUAAAGCAUUAAGUGUCAAAACUUCAGAUUUGCCUCCAAGUCAUAUUUUUUGCAGAAAUGUAUUUAAAGCACUUUCCUUUAAAAGGUAGCCCUUACCUGCCCUGAAAUCUUUUUGUUUGUUCUUCUAUUCCUUUGUUAAUCAGUUAAUCUUUCUUUAAUAUAUGUCUUUCUGGAUCCACCAUGUUUACAGAUAGGAGACUUAAGAAGGACUUAGUGCACCUGGGGCAGAAAAUGUGCACAUGAAGUAUUUUUCAAAGAAUGUAAUUGUUACCCGAUUGCGUUUGACCUUUUGACCUUUGUUACAUGAUUCCGUCCCUCCUACAAAUUCUUUCAUUUCUUAUGAAAUUUUUAGGUGACUCUUGUAAACUCUUCACGGAUGCUACUUUUUAAAUUGUCCUAUGCCAUGAUAGCAGAUGUUUAUUCUCUUAAUGCACUUCAGGUUCAGUAUCUGUAAAGCCUUUGACCCAGGCCUGCUGAGUCAAAUCUACAUUCACUGUAACAUUGAAAGUGGAAACCAAAGGGUUUGAGGAAGAUGCAUGAUGCCUGUUCUCCUUCUGCUUUAUCUUUCAAAAUCAUAAAAUCAUAAAAAUGAGCAAUGGAGAUCCAGGCUGGGUAUAGACAAGAAUAAUUAUUUUGCAAUCACAUUUUCCUGACAGGUUUUUGGAAGUGGGAAAAAAGUGUGGCAACAGUGUCAGGAAGAUUAAAACUGUGGAUGCUUUGUGUAUGUGUGUGUGAGUGCAGACGAGUUUGAGAGAGAAACAGUGUAACUGAGCUUUUGUCAGCCUGAGAAACAGAUGCCCCCUUAUUUUUUGAGGUUGUAUGACCCCCGACUGUCCCACAGCAGAAAGCAGAGCGAACACUUAUGCUUUAAUCAUCAGUGGAAUGAUGACAAUUAAUAAGAUAUUUUAUAUAUGACAAAGUUUUAUGAAAUGCUUUUUUACUGUUAGAGACCUGUUCCUUCUGCUAUUACACACCACAGUGCUCCACAACUGCAGGCAUAAUUCUCCGAUUACACAGUUGCAUGUCGGGGAACUUCUCAUUUAAUUCAGUGGCCGUGGGUAUUUUUAGGGCAUUGUAAUUGAUUGUUUUAAUAAUUGCUAAAUGAUUUUUGAUGGAGACAAGAUCUAAUGCAAUUACCGGUCUUUUAGAGUUACAGAACAGAAGUAAAUGAGAAAAGAUAUUUGAGCAUGUAUACGUGUAGACUGAUUUGGGUGGCUGAGGAAAGAUGCUGCUUUUGAAAUAAAAUUGGUGCUGUGUAGACACUUGUAACCAAAAUUAUUUUUAUAACAGGUCAAAAAGAAGGAGAGGAGAGACCAUGGACUUUUGAGUCUACAAGUUAUGCAUAAUUGAUUGUAGCUUAUCUGUAUUUUAAUGUUAACUUCAUCCAGAUUCAGUGAGAGCAUAUUAUUGACAUUCAUGAGGCAAAAUUCUGUCAUAGCCAGUGUUACAGAUAUGUUGCUACAGGCACAGUGUAUAGAACAUAUCUUUUCUAAAAUAGAAAUUUUUGUCAGUUCUGAAAAAGGAAAGGAGUAAUAAAAGAAAGCCAAGUAAAAACUGAGGCAUCAUUUUCAUGUGGGCAUGUAGCUGCUGACACCACAGUGGAAAUCAGUUUUUGAAUUUGAAUUUUUGAAAUAUCCCAGAUUGCUUUAAAGAAAAAAAAAAGUUCAGAGUCAUAUAUCUUUUUUUAUUAUUGAAAGUUUCUAUUGUUUCUGCAACCUAUUGCCACCAUGGCCAUAAAUACAUAAGAAAGCAGCAGAUAUUAUAUAACUCUUGUUCCUUUAAGACCUUUUGGUGAAAACAAGCCCAAAACAUGAGCUAUGUGUAACAGAGCCGAAUGUUAUGAUGCUAUGUUUUAAAAGUUUGUUUACUUAAAAAAAAAAAAAGAAGAACGUUCAGUUCUAACCAGAUGUUUCACCUAUGAUGCUAAAUUACUAAAUCAGCAGUGUUAUGAACAGGGAAGACUUGUUGCACAAGGAACUAUCACCAUUUGAGGCACGCAGGUGAUAGUUUUACGAGCGCAUGUGUGACGGUGGCUUGCUCCAUGGGAGGUGCUAGGCUCCAGGGCAAAUGAACAAGAGUACAGAAUAAUAGAUUGUUCUAAGCAAUGUCAUUUCUGUUUAUGAAUUUGAUUUUCCCCUCAUUUCAUGUUAGAUUGACAUGCAAACAAACUGCUUUCAAGAACACCCAGAAGCUCUCUUGUGUUACCAGGUGUGUUGUGAACAAUAUUUUUCAUAGGUGCUUCCUUCAAAUAUAUGUCCAUUGUAGUGAUGGAGAGGGACUGGACUCUCUCAGGCUCUUUACUUGCCAGUUGUCUCCUGCAGUUCAUGGAAAUAUAUAUUUUAUUUUAGAAUAUAAUUUAAACAUGAAGGUCUAUUCUUUGCACUUUUAUUAAUAUAUAUAUAGAUAUAUAGAUAAUCUUUAAAAAAAUUAAAAAUCUAAAAGUCCA